AUGGAGUCCCCUUCAGAGCUCUCCGAGUACGGCAGCGAUGAUUUUCCCGAAGACAUCAAAGGCCGCCAGUACGAAGCCACUCCUGACCACGACCCGCGCCCAAGCAAGCGACCACGUCUGAACAUUCGCGCGCCAUCUUCACCACCUCACAUCAACACGAUGCCGCCCGAAGAAGAAGGCGACUUGUCUGAAGACACGGAUGGCUCUGUCCCCGCGUCGCCACACCACCACCCGGGCAUGUCGCAAGACGACGACUACGGCCAGGAACAGGUCACCGUCUGCAAGUGGGACGGCUGCACAGCGGGUGAUCUCCAGAACAUGGACAACCUGGUCGAGCAUCUCCACGACGAUCACAUUGGCACAAGGCAGAAGAAGUACAGUUGCGAGUGGAGCGACUGCACAAGGAAAGGCAUACCACACGCCAGUGGCUAUGCGCUAAGGGCACACAUGCGCUCUCACACGAGGGAGAAGCCCUUCUACUGCACGCUUCCCGAAUGCGACCGUUCCUUCACCCGCUCCGACGCGCUGGCCAAGCACAUGCGAACUGUCCACGAGACCGAAGCCCUCCGUCCUUCUGAUCCUGUUCCCAAACACCACUCAUCCAACCCCACAAACAACAAGCAGCGCCUCAAGCUCGUCCUGAACAACGAGGCCAAGAAGCUGCCACACGACAAGGCCUCAACGCCCGGCUCCCCAUCCUCACACUCCCACCCCUCGAACAGCGCAACAAUCCCGCCCAACGCACCUGCAACAGAUGCCGACUACGCACACAACAACGUCGUCUACCUGCAAGACCUCGCAAACCCAAGCGCGCCGACACUUGUGCAGUUCCCGCCGGACAUUGAGUUUACGCCCGAAGAACUCUCGAAACCCGCCCCAGACCUAUUCCAGCUACUACGUCGGCAACUGCUUUGGGCAACACAACAAGGCGAACAACUGCGCGCCGAAGCUGAGGAGCUAGAGAAGGUGCGUCAGGAGGAAUGGCAGGCCAAGGAGCUCCUAUUUGAGAACUUCAUGGAAGCACAAGCCGCAACCGAGCGGCGGCGACGAGUCGAGGAAGGCAUGCCAGAUGACAUGGAGGGCUGGCAGUCUGUGGAGAACGACAUCAUUCCCGCCAAGUCCCUCCCAAUGGCACCAAAGGACGGAAAGCUACCGUGGUGGCGAGACGAGACUGUACAGGCCCAGCGACCACAGAUCAAGGAUGAGCUUCAGCCACCCAGGCCGCCUCCAGCGGAGCCUCGGCACCACGAUGAGCUCCACCCACAAGUCCCUGUUGCUUAG